AUGGCAGAUCAAUAAAAAAUAAAAAAAAGAGAAAAUCAUUUGUCAAAUUCGCUCUCAAAAUGGCAGGGAAAAAAUAAACUUUCCCUCAGCCAUAUACUAAUGGGGCUCAGCCUGAACAGUAAACAAGGAAGUGUUGCUUUUGCGUAACUGCUGCUGCAAUUAAUAUUUUGACCUGUAAGUCGCGCAUGCAGACAUUGUUUACACUGAAAACGACCGUGUAAAGGUUCAGCGUUGGGAAUUUCUCAGCCAUGGUUGAGGGGGGCAGGACCCGACCACUACCUCUGAGUAAUCCCAGAAUGAGGUGGCUACUUGAGGACAAUCCCACCACCAGGGAAUCUCCGAUGGAUGACUGUGUGCGGAUGGGGACACUGUUUGGGAUGUUCAACAAGUGUCUGCGAGGGAUGGGUUUCAACCAGAUGUACUUUGGGGACAAGAUAGUCGAGCCAGUAGUAAUUGUCGUCUUCUGGCUACUGCUGUGGUUCCUUGGCAUCCAGGCCCUGGGACUAGUGGGAUGUCUAUGCAUCAUCAUCAUCUACAUCCAGGAGUAAUGAGCGUUGUCACUGGUAUCUGUGGAUGCUUCUGGACAUUUUAUAUUUGGACGACACCGCACAAGGGAUCUAUAUGCUUUUUAGAGAGCGCUGUCCUGUAUUGGUCCUGUCAUGCUGACUCAUGGGCACUUUACAGGUGUCUGUGGAGGAAAUUGAAUUGGAGGAGAAACAAAGCUGAUUACUUCCAUCAGAGCUCAAGAUGCAAAAGAGUUUAUUAAGAAUAUACAAAGACAACCCAUUGUAGCAUACCAUUGGUGACUCAUGCUAUGUCUAUCCUUGAGGCCUUUUUGCGUGUUACUUUUACGUGACCUCUUGUGUAAUUCAGGUAGUUAAUAAUUGAGAAAAAAAGUUCCUGGGCUUGAUGCCUAAAAUUUUGAGAGGGUCUGUGGGAUUGUUUUUUCUGGACUAAUACAAAACAAUUGUGAGGUUAAAGUGUCUUGAUGUUGUCAAGACCACUCUACAUCUAACUUAUCCAAGCAUGCCUUUUGGACCUUGCUUUGUGCAAUGGGACAGUAAAGUUCACUAUUGCUGAUUGUAUUCUCCAGAGGGAACCAAUAAAAUAUCUCCUGGAAAAGUACAUCAAGUCACCCCUGGCUUGUUCAUGUUAAAAUGCAAUUAUAACAAAGAUUAUUUAUCGACUAAAAUUUGUGUUCAAUGACAAAAUAUAGAUGCAAAACACAUUGAUUGGAGUGCAUUCUUGAAUUUGAUUCUCUUUUUAAAACCUAUGCACAGGCUGUAUCACUGAAAAUGUAAUUUUAGGCUUGGUUCACAUUUGAUUAAAAGUAGAGUUUAGAAUUCA